GCAUGCGGUCUUCGGCGGCACUUGUGAAUUCCGACUGCAGCGUCCAGGGAACAAGGAGUACGUGGCCAUUCCAUGCAGAAAUGGUGCGCUCCAGUUGGUUAGCUCUGGGUCUUUGACCAGGUGGGAGUGCCAGCGCGCGACCCUGGAGACCUGGAGUCACGGCUUGAUCUCGUGGAUCAUCCUCGGCAGUCCUUGGGGAAUGUCAAGGAGGAAGUUGGCAGCCAUGAUGCCCCAUCCGGUGCCGGUGGAUAUUCAGCUGGGGGACCCGCUGCAUCGCCCUGCUAUGCGCAUUCGGGUCACCCGCCAGGAUGCCCGAAAGUUGAGUCCCAUCAGUCACGAUGAUGUUAUAGUCAUACCAGAGUUCUUUGGUGGGACGGACGACUGGGACGCGUACUAUCUGCUGCUACGUGAGAUACGUGAAGGGCAAGCUGGCGGUGUUGAUCAAACGCCGUGGGAAUCCUGGCACGAAGGCUCUCAUCUUCUGACCAAGACGCCAACUUGCUCAAGGACGUUCAACUCUGUGCUGGACAAGAUCUGUGAGCAAUUCAGCAUAGCAAACGGUCACCGAAGAGAGCACAUGGGACGCGAUGCGCUGGGCAUGCGAUUCAACUGGUACAGAGAUGGUUCUGACUGGAAGCCCUUCCAUCACGAUUCGGCUGCCUUCAACCCACGGAUGGCUGCAAAGCAGAACUGCACUGUGGGCGUUUCCCUGGGUGCCAUGCGCGAGCUGGCCUUUCGGAGCGUCGAGAGCAGCGAUCUUAUCUACUUCCCACAGAGCAAUGCAAUGCUCUUCUUCUUCGGUCGCGAUGUGAACAUUCGUUGGCAGCACGGCCUCAACGCCCUUCCGCUCGAGCAGCAGAGUGGCAAGGGGCGGAUCUCACUCAUCCUGUGGGGUCUCUGUCAGCUGGCCAUCGAGGAGAUUGCUUCACCACCCAUGCUCCAGAACUUCGCCAAUGGCAAGGGGAAUGGCAAAGGCAAAGAUGCUCGAGCAGAGGUUUGUAGGAACUUUCAGCGUGGCAAUUGCGUCUAUGGGCAGAAGUGCAGAUACUCGCACGGAAGCGGCUGA